AUGGCGCUGGAAAACUCGGCCUUCGCAUCACGUCCAGAAUCCCUUUCUCUUCCUGUCCCAGAGAAAGGGGAGGAGCCUGCAGAGGAAACCACAGAGGAUGUUCCCUCCACUGGAGUAUUUAAUGUGUCUGAGGAGCUUGGACAUGUAGUAACUACAGAGACAACACCACCUCCCCAGCCGUCCACUGAUAACAAUAUGUCAUUCCAAGAAAAGUUGGCUGCAAGAGAGGCGCAAGCCAAUCAACCAAAUCGCAAGAAGAUUCAGGGGGCAGGGCAGGAGAGGGGCAAGUUUGGCUGGGCUCGCAGUAGGCGUAAGAGGCAGCGUUACGUGGAGAAAAAUGGCCGCUGUAAUGUUCAACAUGGUAACAUGCGGGAGACCUAUCGUUACCUGACUGAUAUUUUCACCACGCUAGUGGAUCUGAACUGGCGCUGCUCACUCUUUGUCUUUGUUAUGGCUUAUGCCGUUACCUGGCUAUUUUUUGGGGCUAUUUGGUACCUCAUCGCAUACUGCAGAGGUGAUCUGGAUCAUUUGGAGGAUGAGACAUGGACUCCGUGUGUGAAUAAUCUGAAUGGCUUCAUCUCUGCGUUUCUCUUCUCUAUUGAGACAGAGACCACCAUUGGUUACGGCCAUCGUGUUAUCACUGAUCAGUGCCCUGUGGGCACUAUGUUACUGCUGCUGCAGGCCAUACUAGGCUCUAUGGUCAAUGCAUUUAUGGUGGGGUGCAUGUUUGUAAAGAUCUCUCAGCCGAAUAAGCGUGCAGAGACGCUGGUGUUUUCGCGGAAUGCAGUGAUCUCUCUGAGAGAUGACCGUUUGUGUCUGAUGUUCAGGGUGGGGGACCUGCGAAGUUCUCACAUAGUUGGAGCCAACAUGAGGGCCAAACUCAUCAAGUCUAAACAAACACAAGAAGGUGAGUUUAUUCCCUUGGAUCAAACAGACAUCAGUGUAGGUUUUGAGACUGGCGACGAUCGACUGUUCCUGGUAUCUCCGUUGGUCAUUUCUCAUGAGAUUGAUGCUCGCUCACCCUUCUGGGACAUGUCUCAGGCCCAGUUGGAGAAGGAAGACUUUGAGAUAGUAGUCAUUCUGGAAGGCAUGGUGGAAGCCACUGGUAUGACAUGUCAGGCCCGGAGCUCCUACCUGGCCGAGGAGGUGUUGUGGGGUCACAGGUUCAGCCCUAUGAUGUCAUUGGCUGAAGGCUUUUUUGAUGUGGAUUAUGGAGCGUUUCACCACACGUUUGAGGUGGACACUCCUUCAUGCUCUGCAAGAGAGCUGUCACUAGCAGCUGCUAGACUAGAGAAUCAUCUUUACUGGUCCAUCUCCAGCAGGCUUGAUGAAGAGAAGUGGGAAGGGCCAAAUCUGACUAACCAGUCAGCAAAGCAAACAGAUGGUCAGUCGACCAAUGAGAAAGAAGAGAGUGGACCAACAUUCAUAGUGGGUGGGGUGACUGAAUCCCAGGACCAAUCGGUAGCAGGGGAGCAGAAUGGAAGCGUUACCACCGACCAACUAGAAUCUGAGGCUUAA